UGGGAGAGCGGAGGAUUUAGCAGACGCUCCAACGUGGAUAAGCUUCAAGCUUUCUGAUACAUUCCUGCCUGGCCAGGGCGACACUUCCUGCAAGAGCUGUGCCGACUUGUUGCAAAGAUCUCUGUCUUAGAAAGCAACGAAAUCAAUCCACUGGGUUCCUCGUCUCCUUCCCGCGCCUCCCCCCACCCACCCCGAUCGCUUCCCCUUCCCGGCUCCAGCGACGUCCCAGUAGGUCGAAUCCAGACCCUUUCGGAAGGAGGUCGGGGCAAUUUGAUGGAGACUUCAAGCAGCCUGGCGUUUGGGGGGCGAUCGCGGGGGGAUUUUGGAGGGGACUGAAGAAGGGAGGGAGGGGUGGUGGUGGCAGGGCAGACAUGCAGAGAGCCAGCGUGAUGGGGAUGCCCAGUCCGGACCCCAGUGGAUCAUAUUCCCAGCAAUUCAAAGCCAUGAGGUUCUCCUAUCACAUCGAAGGGGGAGCGACUACUUCGCCCCAAAUCCGAGCUGGUCCCGUUCAGCCCCACCGACUCCUGGUCAAAAGCCUCUCUUCAGAACCCAGUCCUGAACAUCGCUCACCAGAAGCCCCCCAACGACUCAUCUCGGAUCCAGGACCUGACCACAACGAAGAGGAAAUUGCCAAAUUCCGACCGCUCAAGCGUCCCCCAGGACCAAAACCACAAGUUCCUCCGAAGCCAGCUUAUCUGCAGAAUAGCCAGCCCCCACGGUUUCCUGAAUCGAUCCCCCCACCCCCAUCACGACCCCUCCCAGCCGACCCCCGCCUGGGCCGCAGCCCUCUGCCAAAAGAUGGAGUGGGUUCCUCGUCUGCCGUCUCCUGCCUCAUUGAGAAGUUUGAAAGGGAACCUAUAAUCCUGACAUCUGAACACACUCCCUCGCCGUGUCCCAGCCCAGACCUCCAAGCCCUAGAGAUAAAUUCUAUGGAACCCUCACUAGAUCGUCCAGCUUCAUUGGAAUCGGCAGAACUGUCUCACAAGCUCCUGGACCUCCUGGCCUUGGAAGGAGGGCAAGCGGCUGUUGGAAAUGCUGUCUGCUUGCCGCCUCACGAUGGUGGGAAACUGGCAAACCGGGACAGCGGCAUUGAUAGCAUCAGUUCCCCGUCUAACAGUGAGGAGAUUUGCUUCGGGCCUGAGGAAGGUACAGGGGAAGGUGCUGGACCGCUGGGGCCUACAACCAUCAUCAAACGCAGCUCAACUCGUGAUUCUGAGGGGGACAGUGACAUGGAUGAUGGAAGUGGGGAUGAGGCUGAGCUGCUCUCUGACCUUCCACCUCCACAGACCGAGAAGCAGGAUUCUGAUGAGAUGACGGUUCCACAAAAAGUCUUCCGAAUUGCCAACGAGCUUCUCCAAACAGAAAAGGCAUAUGUGUCUCGCUUGUACCUACUGGACCAGGUCUUCUGUGCUCGUCUGAUGGAGGAAGCACGCUGCCGAAACUCUUUCCCAGCUGAUGUGGUGAUGGGCAUUUUUUCCAACAUCUGUUCCAUUUACUGCUUCCACCAGCAGUUCCUGCUCCCAGAAUUAGAGAAACGGAUGGAAGAAUGGGACCAACACCCACGAAUUGGGGAUAUCCUGCAAAAGCUGGCUCCCUUUCUCAAGAUGUAUGGCGAGUAUGUGAAGAACUUUGACCGUGCCAUGGAACUGGUAAACACCUGGAUGGAGCGCUCAACACAGUUCAAGGGCAUUAUCCAUGAAAUACAGCGGGAAGAGAUAUGUGGGAACCUGACCCUGCAGCAUCAUAUGCUGGAACCGGUCCAGAGAAUCCCUCGCUACGAGCUGCUUCUGAAAGACUAUCUCCUGAAACUGCCCCAGGACUCGCCUGACUGCAAGGAUGCCCAAAAAUCCCUGGAACUUAUUGCAACUGCUGCAGAACACUCCAAUGCAGCCAUCCGCAAAAUGGAAAGAAUGCACUCAUUAUUGAAAGUGUACGAGCUGCUUGGAGGUGAGGAAGACAUAGUCAAUCCUACCAACGAACUCAUCAAGGAAGGGCACAUCCUGAAGCUUUCAGCUAAGAAUGGUACCACCCAAGACCGCUACCUGAUCUUGUUCAAUGACCGAUUGCUUUACUGUGUGCCAAAACUGCGUCUCAUAGGCCAGAAAUUUGGAGUCCGUGCUCGCAUAGAUAUGGAAGGAAUGGAGUUAAAAGAGACCAGCAGCCUCAAUGUGCCUCGGACCUUCCUUGUAUCAGGGAAGCAGCGAUCCCUAGAGCUUCAGGCCAGGACUGAAGAAGAGAAGCGAGACUGGAUCCAGGCGAUACAGGCUACAAUUCAGAAACAUGAACAGACGCUGGAAAUGUUCAAGCAGCUUGCCAGCGAAGAUGAAACGCCGCCUAAUUCACCAGGUUGUGAGUUGGGCCGAAGGGCACCCACGCCAAUCCGGGAAAAAGAGGUGACUUUGUGUAUGCAGUGCAAAGAGCCUUUCAACGCUCUCACCAAACGGAGACAUCAUUGCCGGGCCUGUGGCCACGUUGUCUGUGGAAAAUGCUCAGAGUUCCGGGCCCGCUUGGUGUAUGACAACAACCGGCCAAACCGUGUCUGCACUGACUGUUACACUACGCUUCAUGGCUCCCCCGCCAGCCCUGUGCCCCAUCCCAACACACCCCAACGCCGAAAAUCCAUUCUGGAGAAACAAGCCUCGGUGGUGGCAGAGAACAGUGUGAUCUGCAGUUUCUUGCACUACAUGGAGAAAGGAGGGAAGGCUUGGCACAAAGGCUGGUUUGUCAUCCCUGAAAAUGAACCUCUGGUGUUAUACAUCUAUGGAGCUCCACAGGAUGUAAAAGCCCUGCGCUCAAUGCCCCUGAUUGGCUUCGAAGUCAACCUUCCUGAGCCCAGCGAACGGGUGGACCGACGCCAUGCCUUCCGGAUCAGCCAGAGCCAUCUGUGUUGGUAUUUCAGCCCCGAGACUGAGGAGCUGCGGCAGCGAUGGAUGGAAGUGUUGAGCAGGGCAGGCCGCGGAGAAGAAGCAAAGACGCCCCCUUCCAUUCUGGAGGCCGAUGAGGAUAUGGAAGCAGAGAGAACCUAAGGCAGGGGCCUGAGGAACUGGGAAAAAUGGACUCUGCCCCACGUGGGGACUUUGCUCACUAUUCUCUGACCAGUAUACUUGAAACUAUUUUUCCUUCUUCCUCUUUCUCUCUAGCACUUUCCCCGUUCUUUUUGUCAGCAUCUGCCAUAGCCAUCUGACCUGUCCUCAGCCAUGAUGUUCUCUGCCAUACCCCAGCCAUAGGGAUAAAGCACAUGCACUGAGAUUUGCUCCAGGCCAGUUCUUCCCAUACCAUAGCAUGCAGUAACCCGCACCCCUCUCCAGCUUAGUUCCUUUCAUGUUCUCUUCUAUGCAUGGAAAAACUGAUUUGAGAAAGCGAUAUUUUUCUUUUAAGAACCUGCUUCCCCCUUCUUUUACCUCUCGGGCCAAGAUCUGUUCUUCCAAUUCCCCCACUGCUUAUUUAGCACUUACUGAACUCGUGAUUUGGGAAGACAAAAAUGGGGGAGUGUCCUUUCUCAAGUAUCUGUUUGCCUCUUUGUUUGAUAACUUAUUCCACUAAUUCCCCAUCUCUGAGAUUAUGUAGGGUGUUUCAGUCUGUGGCAGAUUUGAUAGAUAGGCAAUCUUCCAUUAUAACUUGAAGCCAUUCUACCAGUCUUGAUUGUUGUGCCAAAUGGGAGUAAACCUGAGUUGGGUUAGAUUGAGAGAAGAAAAAAAAAAAGAUUUGUCUUUACCUUUGUACAGCUUUUCUCUUGAGGAUAAGUUGUUCCUCAUCAUAAGAACUCAUGAGUUGGAUACAUCCCCUUAUUAAUUUACUGUUACAACUUUGUGGAAUCCUAAGACUGAUUUCAGUUCCACUGAACUCAAGCUAUAAAAUCCUCCAGGUACCAUUUGGAUAAUGCCCAAAUGGCCCUUUUUCAAUUAAAUUGAAUGGCUAAAGAGAGCUAUUAUAGUUAGCUACUAUUAAUGAUGAUCAGAUGGGCACUGGUGUCCUUUUGUGUAUUGUUGGACUGGAUCUCCUGCCAUUUUUCAUCACUUGGCCAUAUUGGCAAGAACUGAUGGAAGCUGAGAGUUCUGCCACCUCUGGAGGGCCAUAUCUCGCCUACUACUGAUCUAAAAAGCAUCUAUAAAACAUCAUCUUUCUGAGGAUCACCGAGGAUAGACACGCUAUGGGAGAAAGUUUCUACAGCAAACAGUAGAGAUGCUAGAGACUACAUACAUUAAGUGGGAAUACGACUAAGAGUUUACAAGAAUCCAGAGACUCAUUCAUUUCAAUGUCAGCAUUUCAUCCCAAUUUAUUUAUCUAUGCUCUCAGUGGCUUGUGAACAUAAUGGGGCUAGGGAGAUUAGACUUUUUGGGUCAAAGCAAAGGUGCAGAAAGAAGUUCUCAAAUGUAUCAGCAACUUCCAAUCAAGUGGCCUAUGGGAGAGAAUGGGGAAAGAGUUGAGAAUAUAUUUUGCCUUGGAGUUCUUUUAAGGGUUGGUGAAAUACAGACCAGGGCCAAAUUGCUGAACUUAAGUCUUGGCUUAAGAUCCACAAAUAUUAGAAUAUGGUGCUAGUGCAGUAUUAAUAUCGCCAUUAACGCAUACUGUACAGGUAGUCCUUGCCUUAUGACCACAAUUGAUUGCUAAGUGACUUUUA